GCACCAUCCGGUUCGCGGGGAGAUUGACAGGAGAACGCCGGCGCGACGCGCCGAACCGGCUUUCUCUCUCGGCUCGCGUGAAAAGCGCGGGAGCAGCCUCGUCGUUUCCCUCGUCUUCCGCCGCCGACGCUUCCCGUGAUCAUGAUCCGGGAGAUGGCAGUGGCAGGUCCACCCCGCGCCGCGCGGGGCCUCGCCUUCCUCUGCUUCCUGGUCUCGUGCGCCGCGCUCGCGGGAGCGAGCCGGCCGAGCCGGGAGGACCUCGACGUCAGCCUCGGCGGCGGCGGGGGCGGGGGCGGGGGCGUCGGCAUCGGCAUCGGCAUCGGUGGCGGCGGCGGCGGCCAGGGAGGCAGCAGCAGCAGCCCGGCGCCGUCGCCGUCGGGUCCCCGGCCGUGCGACUUCGAGAACGAGCGGCUGUACCGGGCGUACCUCGUGAUCCAGCAGUUCAGGCAGACGGUGUCGUGCGACCCGAUGGACAUCACCCGCAGCUGGAGCGGCACCGACCUGUGCUCCAGCUACAAGGGCUUCUUCUGCGAGAGGCCGCCCAACGUCACGGACCGGACCAUCGCGUCCGUCGACUUCAACGGCUACAUGCUGCGCUCCGACUCCCUGCGGGACUUCGUCGGCAGCCUCCCGGACCUGGCGCUGUUCCACGCCAACUCCAACGACUUCGGCGGCGCCGUGCCGGCGCUGGGCGGCCUGCAGUACUUCUACGAGCUGGACCUGAGCAACAACAGGCUCGCGCCGGCCCCGUUCCCGGCCGACGUGCUGGGCCUCACCAACGCCACCUUCAUCGACAUCCGGUUCAACAGCUUCUACGGCGAGCUCCCCGCCGGCGUCUUCUGCAGGUUCCCGCGGAUCCAGGCCAUCUUCGUCAACAACAACCAGUUCUCCGGCAGCCUCCCGGACAACAUCGGGCAGUCGCCGGUGAACUACCUCUCCCUAGCCAACAACAGGUUCACGGGGGAGAUACCCAAGUCCAUCGCCCGCAACGCCGGCACGCUCCUCGAGGUGCUCUUCCUCAACAACAGCCUCAGCGGGUGCCUCCCCUACGAGCUCGGCCUGCUCGAGAAGGCCACGGUCAUCGACGCCGGCACCAACCGGCUCACCGGCACCAUCCCGGCGUCGUUCGCGUGCCUGCGCAAGGUGGAGCAGCUAAACCUGGCGGACAACCUCCUCUACGGCGAGGUGCCCGAUGCGCUCUGCCGGCUCGCGUUCGGCCGCCUCAAGAACCUCACGCUCUCCGGCAACUACUUCACGUCGCUCGGGUCCUGCUGCUGGGACCUGAUCAAGGAGGGGAGGCUCAACGUCGACCGCAACUGCAUCCAGUGGGCGCCCAACCAGCGCUCGCACGAGGAGUGCGCCAAGUUCCUCCGCCAGCCCAAGUCGUGCCCCGUCAGUGACUACGUGCCGUGCCGCCCCAAAUACCGCGGCUCCGGCGAGCCGGCCGGCGCGGCCGCAGAGGAGGAGGACGCGGCGGCGGUGGAGUACAGGUACAGGACGUACUCGGCGCUGCAUCCUUGAGGGCCCGACCCGGCCGGUCGGCGAGCGCACAGGUUGAAAAAAGCGCAGAGAGCUGUGCGUCUCGUGACCGUGAAACGACUGAUCAGCCGAUCGCGUGGCCCGUCGUGUUCGACGGGUUGUGUUGGUGUGUUGUGUCCCUGUCCAGCAAUGUUUCCCUUCUCUCUCUGAUGAUCAAUCCACUGUUAUGGCUCACUUAAUUCA